CGAGGCUACUCUCUCGUGUCCUCUUUCCCUCUUUGCUCUCUCGCGAUCUGAGCUGACCUAGGACAAAAUGGGAGCAUACAAGUACCUUGAGGAGCUUUUCAAAAAGAAGCAAUCUGACCUUUUACGGUUUUUACUCCGUGUACGAUGCUGGCAAUACCGCCAACUCAAUGCCAUUCAUAGAGCCUCACGACCCAUGCGCCCUGACAAAGCUCGUCGUCUUGGUUACAAAGCCAAGCAAGGGUAUGUGGUUUACCGUAUCCGUGUAAGACGUGGUGGACGCAAACGCCCAGUACCUAAAGGUGCAACUUAUGGUAAACCUGCCAACCAGGGUGUGAACCAAUUGAAAUUCCAGAGAAGUUUAAGAUCUGUGGCUGAGGAGCGUGCUGGUCGAUACUGUGGUAGCUUGCGAGUCCUGAACUCCUAUUGGGUGGCAGAGGAUUCCACUUACAAAUUCUUCGAGGUGAUCAUGGUGGAUCCCUUCCAUAAAGCUGUUCGUCGUGACCCAAGAAUCAACUGGAUCUGCAAACCAGUACACAAGCACCGUGAGCUCCGUGGGCUGACCGCCGCUGGCCGUAAAAACCGCGGUAUGCGUAAGGGUCACGGAUACAACAAGGUGAUCGGCAGUUCCCGUCGUGGAUCAUGGAAGAGGCGCAAUACGCUGUCUCUUCGCCGAUAUCGUUAAUUGUUUGAUAAUGAUAAUAAAACCAGCAACUGUA